CUGACCAUAUGACAUUCUCCCAAUCUUCUUCUGGAUCAUCCAAAUGCUCUCUAGCAAACUUCAGAUGGGCCUGGACAUGUACUGGCUAAAGCAGGGGGACAUGUCUGGCACUGCAGGAUUUGAGUCCCUGGCGGCGUAGUGUGUUACUGAUGGUAGGCUUUGUUACUUUGGUCCCAGCUCUCUGCAGGUCAUUCACUAGGUCCCCCCGUGUGGUUCUGGGAUUUUUGCUCACCGUUUUUGUGAUAAUUUUGACCCCACGGGGUGAGAUCUUGCGUGGAGCCCCAGAUCGAGGGAGAUUAUCAGUGGUCUUGUAUGUCUUCCAUUUCCUGAUAAUUGCUCCCACAGUUGAUUUCUUCAAACCAAGCUGCUUACCUAUUGCAGAUUCAGUCUUCCCAGCCUGGUGCAGGUCUACAAUUUUGUUUCUGGUGUCCUUUGACAGCUCUUUGGUCUUGGCCAUAGUGGAGUUUGGAGUGUGACUGUUUGAUGUUGUGGACAGGUGUCUUUUAUACUGAUAACAAGUUCAAACAGGUGCCAUUAAUACAGGUAACGAGUGAAGGACAGAGGAGCAUCUUAAAGAAGAAGUUACAGGUCUGUGAGAGCCAGAUAUCUUGCUUGUUUGUAGGUGACCAAAUAAUUAUUUUCCACCAUAAUUUUUCAUCAGAAGACAGGUUUGAAUUAGCAUCAUCGCUAACAGCUACACAAAGUGGCAGACGCUCGCACCUCCCACAGACGGGCAUUCUCAUUGCCUCUUCAGAAAGUUGCAUGAAAUACAAAUCACUGAUGCAUUUUGUUCUUGUCUUAUGAUAAACUUGGGCAAAUGUAUUACUUUUCAGUACAUUUACUUGAUUCCCUACUAAUUUCAAUGUUUUUGAAUAUUGUUGAAUUCCGUUUUAAUGUCUGGAUUCGGUGAUUCCUCCAUUCUCCGCAUCGUGGAUUUUAUUGGGCCCGACUAACAGUAAAUUCAUGUCUUUGAUGAUUAGACAGAACAGAACCUUCACUUACAAUAAUGUGUGCAUUCUUAGAGCCUAUGCCACUAAAGCUGUGUUCACAUUGGCAGUUUGAAGUGACUCAAAUCCUCUUUUUUUUUUUUUGCAUAUCUGAUGCAAAUGUCCUUUUCCUGCAGUCUGAACAGCCAAAAGGGACAUGGAAUCUGAUAUUACAAGCCACAUUUGAAACCACCCUACAUGGUUUUGAAAGCACAUACAAAUCUGAUUCCUGGCCUUGCGACUUGUCUGAAGGGUCAAAUCUGAUUUAUUUGCUCUCAACUGGUUUUUAGACUGCUAUUUGGCAUAUCUUGUUGCUUGCUAGCUACUCUGACAGUUUGAUUAGAUAGAACAUGUUAGUUUGACAACCACACAUUAGGGGUCGACCCGUUUAAUCGGAAUGACUGAUUUAAUUAGGGCUGAUUUCAAGUUUUCAUAACAAUCUGUAAUCUGCAUUUUUGGACGCCGAUUAUAUUGCAAUCCACGAGGAGACUGCGUGGCAGGCCGAACACCUGUUACGCAAGUGCAGGCAGCAAGGUGUCAUGAACUAGGUUGGUUGCGGGCCCGCCAAUGGACCUAUAGGAGCUAGCGGAAGUUUAGUUGGCAUUGCGUCUGCGUGGACCAGGCAGCAUGAAGAGCGAGGUGCCCUCUGAGGCCCAGGGUAGACAGGAGCACCUGAAGGGUCCGCUGGCCAACCCAGAGCCCAUGGAGACGGCCAAGAGCUUCCCUGCCAACAUGGAGGUGAUCGGCAAGGCAGGCAGCGAGUUUGCACCACUGUGUGCCGAGACCAGGCACCGGCCCCUGAGGGACAUAGGGGCCCGCAGAGACCCAGACAGGGGCCUGCCUGGACGCAAAAAGCGCAAGAGCCAACAGCCAGGGCCCUCGGACUGCUCCCUGAAGGAGGGUCGUGUUAGUGAGGGCUCUCUUCCCCUUCAGCGCCACCAGCCAGAUCUCUUGGAGCGACGCGGUGAGGACGAACGCAACCCAGAGUCCUCAUUCAGUGACUGUGCCUCCUCUCCCUCAUCCAGCCUGCGCUUCGGAGAUUCGGAUACUAUGAGCUCAGAGGAAGAGGUGGAGGCUGGAGGGACGGGAGCAGCAGGGGGACCGCAGCCAAUACAGCAGGCGCCGGUCUCCACCACAGGGGGCGGGACAAGGGUGGGUCUGCGCACCAUUCUGGGUCGGACUCGGGGAAGCCGCUCUCAUAAGUGGGCACGGUCAGAGGUGGAGCCGGUGCUGCUGAAGCGGCCGUGUCUGAGCGGGCGGCGGUCACUGCAUAGGAAGCGGAUUGUGAAGCCUGGGCCCGGCGGCAUCCAGCGGACUCAGAAGCAGAAAGAGCGCCUACUUCUCCAGAGGAAGAAGCGGGAGGUAAUCGCUCGCAGGAAGUACGCGCUGCUCCACAGCACCAGCAGCUCCAGUGAGGAGCUGACCAGCGGGUCAUCCUCACCCUCGUCCACAGAGGCAGAGGACGAGCUGUAUGUAGACGACGGCAGCAGCAGCAGCCAGCCAAGCAGCGCAGCUGUGGCCACAGUUUCUCUCGAUGAAGACGUGGUGGUGAUCGAGGCGACCCCUGCACCCCCUGUCCCAGCCAGCGAGGAGAUCAACGUCACCUCCACCGACAGCGAGGUGGAGAUAGUCAACGUGGGAGAUGGCUUCAGGCCUCGCUCGGUGGGGGGCCAUGGCAGGAUGUACUGGGGCCCCAGUUGCUCCCAGAACCGGCCCCAGGAGCCCCGCGGCCGCCACCGCCUCUCUACCGUCAUCCAGCCUCUGCGCCAGAGCCCCGGGGAGGUGGUGGACCUCACAGUGGAUGAGGAUGAUCUCUCUGUUGUGCCAUCCACCUCUGACACCAUUCACCCUCAGACUGUCAGCUCCUCCUCUUCAUCCUCCUCUCAUCAUACCUCUACCUCAGAGCCCCACGAUGCCCUAGGCCCCUCCACCAGCUGCCCUGGUCAAGGCCCAGCCCCAGACAGCACGCUGGCACAGGGGCCAAGAGGUACCGCAGGCACGGAGGAUGAGAGCAGAAGAGGAUCGUCCGGCGUGGCAGGAGAGAGUGGGGGCACGGCCAUGCCCAGGUUACCCUCCUGCUGCCCGCAGCACUCCCCCUGCGGAGGGCCCUCCCCUGGUCACAUGACCCUGGGCCAUUCCAGCUGCCUGCAGGCCCAACCCCCCCAGCAGCCGGGCUCCCAGCAGCACAGCCACGCCCACCACUUCCACCACCACCAUCACCAUGUGCCUCAGCACCCACCUCCACCCACUCUGCCCUUUCCUGAGCCCAGCUGCCCCCUAGAGAGGCCCACUGCCCUACCUGCACCAUGCAGAGGGGGAGGGGUCAGCAGCAGCAGCUCCACCCAAUACCACGACCAGCAGACUCUGCCGGUGGACCUGAGCAACAGUGGCUUGCGGAGCAGCGGCUCCGGUAGUUUCCAUGGCACCUCAGCCUUUGACCCGUGCUGUCCAGGCUCCACGUCUCGGCCCGCUGCCUACAACUCCCAGAAUGCAACGGGGCCAGGGCCCAGCCAGCCCAGCGCAGUGGUGGACUCCUUCAGCUCAGCCAUGGUGGCCCAGCCUCAGCCACAGCCACAGCUAUCCACCUGCAGGCACUUCAUGCACCCCUCCUACGCCCCCCUGGCACGCUCCCUGCACCACCAGCCCUCUAACACCUGCCCCCAUUCCCAUGGUAACCCUCCUCCCCCUCCUCAGCCCACUCCACAGGGUGACUACGUCAUCCCCCACCCCGUCCAUCCCUUCCACACGCCCCUGCCUUCCCACCCCCCUGGCCACGCCGUGCCCCCGCCCCCCCCUGCCCCUCUGCCUCACCUCACAGGCUCCAGUGCCCCCCAACACCUGCCCGCGGAGCACCAGGCCCUGCAGCACCACAUGCCCGCACUGGGGACCUCUGUGCAGAGGCUGCACCAGCACGAGAUGCUGCAGAGGAUGGAGGUUCAGAGACGCAGGAUGAUGCAACACCCCACACGAGCACAUGAGCGCCCCCCUCCACACCCCCACAGAAUGCACCCCAACUACGGCCAUGGCCACCACAUCCACGUGCCCCAGACCAUGUCGUCUCACCCACGCCAACCUGAGCAGAGGACUGCGUGGGAGCUGGGUAUCGAGGCUGGAGUGACCGUGGCGCCAUAUCCUUCAGGACACCUGCACCCUCACCUGCCCCACUACCACCCUCCCCCAAGACUGCACCACUUCCCCAUCCCCUUCAUGCACACUGGCAUGUCUGAAGUAACCUACCCGCACAUUCGCUACAUCUCAUCCAGAAUGACUGGAUUUGGACGAACUUAUGAGGAUCUGCUGCAUUUAGAGGAGAGAUUGGGGACUGUGAACCGAGGGGCCUCUCAGGGAACCAUAGAGAGGUGCACUUACCCACACAAGUACAAAAAGAAGGUGUUGGAGACUGAGCGAGACAUUGACGAACAGUUAACCCCUGAAGCAUGGGCAACUAUUGGGAAAAAUAUGCACGCAACCUCAGACUCGAGAAAGCUGCAUGGUAAGCAAGAAGAAGAUGAGGGGGCGGACGAAGACACAGAGGAGAAAUGCACCAUCUGUCUGUCAAUACUGGAGGAAGGGGAGGACGUCAGACGCCUACCUUGUAUGCAUCUCUUCCAUCAACUGUGUGUGGACCAAUGGCUCCUCACCAAUAAGAAGUGCCCCAUCUGCAGAGUGGACAUCGAGGCGCAGUUGUCUGCCGUUGAGAGUUGAUGCUGUUUUUCUAACAACUCUUUGUUGGAAUUUUCUUUUAUUGUUGUUUAUUGUUUGAAUUUUUCUUCAGUACUGCAGUCAACCAAAGAGGGCAUGAAUUACCUGCGCAGAUCCACUAUGAGAAAAUAAAAACAUCAGGCUAAAGAAGCGUUGAGCCUAGAGUGCCAGCUAUCUAUCACACAGUACAAUACUGCUCGAAUUGACAUCUCCAUUAAGGAUUUAAAAUGUUAUUGUAUUUAUAAAGCUUUUAUGUAGCUUUUGAUUGUUUCCUCGUGUCAUUUUUUUUUUUUUUUUGCAUGGCUCCUCGCAAUGCAUUUCUUUGCACAUAUAUUGUGGGCUUCUCAUGGCCUAACAACUUGCAGGUGAGGAUAGCUGCUCUAGUAAAGAAGCAUUUCUAUAUACCUAUGCCUUGCUUUACUGGAGUAGAAUGUCAACCUCCAUUUAAAAACAUUGCAGGACUCAUUUUACCAAUCAUUGUAUUGAUUAGUUUAUGUUUAGACAAUGUGGUUUGCUAGUGGAAGACGUUUCUAAGAAGGUAAAUCAAGACAUUCCUUAAUUAGGAAAAUAUCAUGUUAAACUGAUCAGCUGCUGUAUUUGUGUUCACCCAGUAUUUCUAGAGUGGGAAUAAACUCAAACUUCACCUCACCUCCCAGAAAAUGCACAUGUGUGUCUUACACCUCCCCUACACCACCUUGAUUUGACUAAACACCAUUCACACGUCAUCUAAUGUAUUUUAGAGAAAAAGAAAAUGAAUGUCACAUCUGUUCUUGACUGUUCUUUUUCAAUGGAAUGAUUGUUGAGGUCUGCUGAGGAUACAGUCUGUUCUGUUUGGAUUUCUCCCUCAGACAGGCCCCAGAUGGAAAACGGGGUUCUAUAAGGGGAUCUCAGGCCCACAGAUGCAACCAGUUUCACAUGAGCCUGCAACCUGGGGAUAUCUGUUGUUUGGAACUGGGAAUGGCAUUGGUUUAUCCUUGCUUUUUGUUUAUCCCCGUUUCUUUUUUCAGAGGGAAAUACACAGCGCUCAGCUCAGAAUAAUAAAUAAGUAGCUGAUUAUUCUUACAACCCAGAUCAUUGUUCUUACCCACACUCCCUCUCUCUCUCUCUCUCUCUCUCUGUAGCUGUGCAGCAGCAAUCUCUCUUUGCUGCCAUUGAAAAGAUAACACUAAUAUUAUUCUCGACUUGCUAACUUGCAUAUACUUGCACAAGAGAGAACAGACAGGAGUGUUGUAAAGAGAGUGCGCUGAGGCCAUGUAUUUCCACUCUGAUUGCUGAGUUUUGGAGAAAAAAUAAUACUUUUGAAUGGAGUGUUGGAAUGCAGUACUUAUGGCAGGUAUCCAUGCAUUCAUAGACUUAAUGGCACCAGGAUGAUAUUCCAUGGGAUUUAUAUUAGUUUAAAAAUAAUAUUAAUAAAGUUAGAACUCUU